UGGUGACACACACACUGGUCGGUAUAGCUAGCUCGACCAAAAGUUAACACUAGGCGGAGAUUUAUAACAAUCGGAUCGUCUCCAUUUGACAAUCCGGCGGGGGUGUGUUUGGUUGGUUCUUGCUGGAGAAAAUUCCGGCGUGCCAAGGUCGUCCAACUACGUCGCCGUCGUCGUCUUUGUUUGUUAUUUUCGUCUCCCCACCGCAAUCCCGACACGCCAUCCGCACGCGUAGAUUUUCUUGCAACAACAUCUCCCCCCCAAAAAGUUAUGAGACAACCAAAAUCGAAAUCCACGGUCCAAAAGUGUCGUUAUCGCAGUCCCGCGAUCUAUUUAAACAGUUAUAUAUAUUUCAAAUUCCAAAAGUUAAACGCGUUUACAAAAGCUGAGAACCGUCGAGCUGGAAAAACGUUCAGCACGAGAGACUCGUUUUAUACAACCGAAAAAGUGCGUGACAGUUUAAAAAUAAUUCGAUCGUGUGUGACGUGUGUCUGCUGUUAUCUCUCCCCCUGCACCACUUUCAGCCUGAAAACUUGAGCGUGAAAACACAACGGUGCGCAUGUGUUUCAAGAUGAUUAUUUAAUGACCCAGGUCUGGCAACAAAUUGCUGGAUGAACGAGAGAUACAAUUCGUUGAAACGUUUGUGUUGGUUGCAAUUGCAGACACGAUCGGGCGGCCAUGUCGACUGUCCGGUGGCACUUGUGUCUGGUCUGCGAGUUGUUGGUGUUGAUCAUCGCCGUGUCGGAGAACGUCCGCGCCAAUUUGCCGACCUUCGACGAGGAUUCCAGGAUGAGGAUUCUCCUCCUGCCGUUCGCCACUCGGGCCGGAUCGACCAUCUACCGCGUCCGGGCGUCCGAUCCCGAUUUCGACCAUCCCCUCGAGUUCAGUUUCACAAGCCUGAAGCAUCCGAAACUGUUGUCGCUGGAAAUUCUUCCGUGCGGCAAACAGCAUUCCGUCUGCGAGGCGAACGUCAUCCUGAACGAGGCCGUCGAGUUGGACAAGAUUUACGAAUUGAGUCUGUCGGUUCGUGACACUUCGGGAGGCACAACGACCGUCUUUUGUACCAUUCAGGUCACCAACGCUUCGUCGUCGGCCACCGACUCAUUCCAACAUUUGAACCAGUAUCUCACAGUGCCUGAAAAUUUACCCAGAGAUUCCGUGGUCGACUAUUUUAUCGCGCGGAAAAACCCCAAUAAUAUUCGUGGCAUCCGAGUGGAGCUAAGGAAGACGAGGCAAUCGUGGAAUUUCCGGAUUGCUGAUAAAUUAGCUGGAUCGGAUAGGACCAAUUGUUCCAUUAUCCUUGAACAACCGUUAGAUUUCGAAACUCAAACUGUUCACAUCCUUCGGAUUUUAGCAGUGAACGCCUAUGUCGACAACCGACUAGACACUCGUAACGUGGUGGAAGUGGUCAUCUACGUUUUUGUUAUGGAUAUUCAAGAUACCCCGCCCUUUUUCGUUAGGGCUCCGCCCAUCACGGCCGUAUCCGACAAACUUGAAAUAGGUAAAGUUGUGCUGAGAGUUAAAGCUGAAGACGGCGAUAAGGGUAAUCCGCGUGAUAUUCAUUACGUCAUCAUGGUCGAUAACAAUCCAUUCGCCCCCUUCUUCUUUAUGGAACCGCAAACAGGUGAGUUGAAAGUGAGGAAGAAACUUGUUCCUCUGAACCAAAUGGUGCGCUCAAAAGCACCUUUCCUACUAACAAUAAUGGCUGAAGAGCUCGGGAGUUUAAUUAAUGAGGCCAACACAACGACUACAGUUGACAUUGCACUAAUGGUUGAAGAUGAAACAAACGAUCCUCCUGAAUUCAACUCGGACCGGUAUGUAGCCCAUUUGAUGGAAAACUCACCUGUAGGAACUGCUCUGUACUUUGGAGACGGCCAAAACCCUCAGGUUACUGACAACGAUCAGGGCCACAACGGAAUAUUUUCCUUAUCGUUACUAGGCGAUAAUUCUACAUUUGAAAUUUCGCCUUCUGUGGCUGAAAAUGCUGCCACUUUUACCAUUCGCGUGAAAAAUCCAGCUCUUAUCGAUUUCGAAAAGACCCAACAGCUUCGCUUCAAGGUUGUGGCGGAAGAAGUCCAGCACGGAAGCAACAAGGUCAGCACAUCAGAGGUGAUUGUGUACAUAACGGACGACAAUGACCACAUCCCCGUCUUUGAGAAAGACACUUACAUCGCCGAGAUAGCCGAGCACUCGUCGCCCGGAACAGUGGUUAUCCAAGUCAGAGCCACCGAUACCGACUCCGGUAAAUACGGAACAGUUCGCUACACGCAGCUUCACGGCAUCUUUUCAAAGGCUCUUGUCCUAGACCCCAUUUCCGGAUUGAUCACCGUCGGCUCGGGAGUUUUACUGGACCGUGAAAUUUCGCCAGAAAUUACAGUAACGGUGGAGGCCAGAGAUAUGGAAGGAACUGGCCGUUCAGCUACUGUGCCCGUCAUUAUUCGCCUUUUGGACAUCAACGACAAUGCACCUCAAUUCAUUGGUCUUCCCUACGAAACCAAUUUAACUCCCGAUCUAAGCCGGUUAACUUCUAAAGUUGUUGUACAGGCAGUCGAUAAUGAUACCAGUCCGACUAAUGGGGCGAUCCGCUACGAAAUCGUCCGAGGAAAUUUCGAAUCAAAAUUUAAAAUAAGCGAAUUAUCAGGUGAGGUGACUCUGAUGGCACCAUUGACAUCGACCAAUUUGCCAUCGCUGAUCCAGCUUCAAGUGCGGGCCUACGAUUUGGGUGUACCUCAUUUGCAUGCAGAGACGGUCGUUCAAGUAUUCACGCAAGAAGUUAUCGCCCGCAGCAUUCAUUUUCUGGUGCCAAAACGUAUGGAAUAUCUUCCGGAGAAAGCGGAAGACGUGAGAAGGAUGGAAGUGUUACUGACGUUAUUGACCGGAGCACCCACAACCAUCAACAAUGUCCAGCCGUACCUGGACGAACUUAUCGCUCUCAGCGAAAGAAUCGACAACUUGAAUCAGGACAGCCAAAAGAGCCGAUUGAUCGCCACGGUCCGUUUCCCUCCGCACGCGGCCAUUGUCGAUGUCCAGCGCAUUCGUGACGCAAUGAUUUCGAACGAAUUCGAUUUGAACGGCAGCGGAGUUUCAAUCGAGAAAGAGUAUCGCUAUAAAAACAAUCUUUUAUUGUGGCUCCUGAUUACUUUCAUCCUGUUUUUCGUGGCCAUCAUGAUUUUCUUAGCCAUUUGCUGCUGUUGCCCUGGGUGCUACUGCUACAACGAUCCGAAAAAGAUGGGCCGUUUCGGCGGAGGCGUUCGGCCAGUUAUGGUCGUCGAUGGAAGGAGUGGCCAAGCUUCUGAUUUGACAACUCCAGGCCGGAAGGAAGCUUGGAGUGGAGGGAAAAGGAUGAGUCAGGUCCGGCGAACAACUCGGCUGGGUACUUUACCGGAAGCCGAGUCUCACAGACGUCAAUUCCGCAUUCCCAACAACAACGGAGGGAUGCAACACAUUUACUCGGAAGAGACUGGAAACUCAAUCAAUUACGAUCCAGCACGAGGUGGCCGGCACUACGUCGAAGAAAACGACAUGGAAUUCCUGGAGAUCCAGCCGGAAGACUCUGCCAGUCAUCACGGAGCCGGUGACAAUGCUUUUUACUACCAAAGGAUGGGCAAUGCGGAUGUGAUGAAGCUGGACACGGCCAUCCACCGCCACCGUCGCAUCUCGACCGAUUCUCAGUCGAAAGUCAGGCGGAGUAACAGCGAGCCCAGACUCAACGAGUCGGAAGUGGAUCAAGUCGAGGCCGGCAACUCGUCCAAAUCCAUGAUCAAUUUCCCACAUCGCUCAUCCAUCGAAGACCAGAUGGGUAAUAAUAUGAACUGGCGUCUGGCAACCGAGCCCCAACACCGCAACAGCCUCAACAAAUACGUUCAAAGUCCCAUCCUGGAGGAGACGGACAGCGCGUUAGAGCGGGAAUUACAAACCGGAUCGAGUUUCUACCUCCGACCCAAAGGUCUUUUCGAUUUCCACCACAACGGCGGCCGACACAACGGUGGGCAGCGGCAGUUUCAUCCGUCGGAUGUGGAGAGGGGAGCCAGGCAGGCGUGGGACCGGACGGAUUCCGGGAAUGCCAUGCUGAACGAAGGCAAUGUCCAGCUCAAGCGGCCGGAAAGCUUUUCGAAAGAAAUCAAAGAGCUGGAAAAAGAAUUGCCUUAUUUCAAUAAUCGAUCGAGUUUUCUGCGUCACAAAUUGAAUUUGAAUAAGAAGAACAACAAGAAACAGCCUAGAGUGACAUCCAGCAGCCGGAAUCCCAUCAUGGUGGAUGGAGAUGAGACGGAGAGUGCCAGUAGCAACGAUCGAUCCCAGCGCAAUUCCGGCCGCAAUGCGGCUUCCGUGUCCUACACGAAGCCCAACAAAUUGUUAACUGAAGACGACCACGAUUCCGGAAUUGUUCUCAACCCUCAACAGCAGCAGCAGCUGGGUAACGGAAACAACCGCAGCCGAUUUCUGGAGAAGAAAUCCAUUUUCACCAUCGCUUACGACGAAGUCGCCACAACGAAAAUUCCAUCGGCCACAGACAAUCUCCCUGCGUAACAUUUUGUCCAUUGUUUUGAAAUCUCGUGUGUAUCAUUUGUUAUAUGUGGUUUGGUAAAUGCAAAAUAUUUUGAAUCGUU